GCGUCAACUUCCGUAAAGUAGACAUUUUGUAAAAAGACCUGCUCGCAGUCGAGAAGAAUGUUUUAUUUAUCAAUAUAGAUAGAUACAUCUAUCUGUCUAUAUUGAUAAAUAAAAAUAUAGAUAGAUAGCUAUAUCUGUCUAUAUUUAUAAGUAAAAUAUUCUUAAAGGUUGCACCAGGAAGCACUUUUGUUUAUAUCCCGAUAUACUUUUGUUUUAACACAUUGAAGAACAUGUCUGUAGCUUACAUUCAGAAAGACAUCUGUCGGACUAUCCUAACAAGGGGAAAGAGGAGUGAUUUUGAUGACCACUACAAUGAUGACAGAGAUUCCAAACAAGUGAAAAAUGAUUUCUGUAAGCUUACAGAAUGCCCUGAAUAUCUUGACCAAGUAUCUCAACUUGUGCUGAAACAUAGAGGAAAACAAGUGCCCUUGAAGAUUUUCGGAGGAUUACCACUGGAAAUAGGUAUUCUUGAUGACACUGUGCUUUUUGGACGAGAAGAGAUGCAGGAAGCUUGGAGUCGUUUAUACCUACAACAGCAAGUGAAGAUGGCAGUGCUUGGUUUUGUUGACAACAUUCCAUCCUUAGCUCUAGGACUGCAGUGUAUAGUAUUGGCUUGUUCUAAUGGUUCAGUUUAUGUAUAUGACAAUGAAGAAUUGCAUCUUUUUGCAAAGAGCUUGAAGGAUUUAUUUACUGAUGUGCUACCUUCUCCUCCAAUUAAAAGUUAUGCUUAUGGGCAAUUUACAGAGCCAGAAUCAGAAGAGGAGUAUCUAAACAUUCUCCAGGAACAAGGACUGUCCAAGAUUGAUGAAAGUACCAGAGUAUUUGUUGAAAGCAAAGAGAAGGAAUUUUGUGAACUGAUUGAUUUCUUGGGAAAUCUUUAAUUGCCAUGGUGUCAUUUUGGUUAAGUCAGUUUCAAGAAAAUGGAUUAAAAAAAAAUCCUUUGUUUCAUAUUUGUAAAUAUGAACAUUGUACAGUGGAAUUAAUAAAGUUAAUCAAAUCUAA